AUGGAGCUCAAACUCCACACAUCAAUGACUUCCAUUCCACGUGCAAUCUUCACCCAUUCCUCUUCCUCCAUUCCUUUUUGUACCUAUGCGGUUCUCGAUGCUAGCAGAUUGAUUGGGAUGUACUGUAAAUGUGGUAGUGUGAAGAAUGCAUGCCGAGUGUUUGAUCAAAUGUUGGACAAAAACAUUGCUUCAUGGCAUUUGAUGCUUGGUGGGUACACGAGUAAUGGUUUAAGGUGUGGUGGUUUAUUGGUUUUCCAGCAGAUGAAGCAAUCAGGGGUGUCAUCUGAUGGGGAAACUUUUGAGUUGGUUUUGACUGCAUUUGUCAUUGAAUUUCAUACAUUCUAUUUUUUUGAUAGGAAUGAUGUUGAGCUACUUCAAGAAAUCAUCAAUCUUGUGCUGAUGACGUUGAGAAAUCAUACAGUAGAUUCAAAAGGGCUGGUUGGCAUUGACAAACAAGUUGCACAUUUAGAAUCUUUGUUAAAACAAGAGUCAAAAGAUGUCUGUGUUAUCGGAAUUUGGGGUGUGGGCGGUAUUGGUAAGACAACCAUUGCACAGGAAGUGUUUAGCAAAUUAUAUCUGGAAUAUGAAAGUUGUUGUUUUUUUGCAAAUGUAAAGGAAGAAAUAAGAAGACUUGGAGUAAUUUCUUUAAAAGAAAAACUAUUUGCUUCAAUAUUACACAAAUAUGUGAAUAUUAAAACACAAAAAGGAUUGUCCAGUUCUAUUAAGAAAAUGAUUGGCCAAAAGAAGGUGCUUAUUGUUCUUGAUGAUGUGAAUGAUUCAGAGCAGCUGGAAGAAUUAUUUGGAACUCCAGACUGGUAUGGGUUAGGUAGUAGAAUUAUUAUAACAACUAGAGAUAUAAAAGUUCUUAUAGCCAACAAAGUUCCUGAAAUAUACCAUGUUGGUGGAUUGAGUUCCUGUGAAGCAUUUCAGCUUUUUAAGUUGAAUGCCUUUAACCAAGGUGAUCUUGAAAUGGAGUUUUACGAGCUAUCAAAGAGGGUGGUUGAUUAUGCCAAGGGCAUUCCAUUAGUUCUUAAAAUAUUGGCUCAUCUUCUUUGUGGAAAAGAUAAGGAGGUAUGGAAAAGUCAACUAGAAAAGCUUAAAGGAAUCAAGAGUAACAAUGUUCAUGAUUUUGUGAAACUUAGUUUUGACGAUCUACACCAUGAAGAACAAGAGAUUCUUUUAGAUCUUGCAUAUUGUGGAAGUCAUAAUGCAGUGGUUGUUGGGUUAGAAAGGCUGAAAGAAAAAUCUCUUAUAACUAUUUCUGAAGAUAAUGUUGUAUCUAUGCAUGAUACUAUACAAGAAAUGGCAUGGGAGAUUGUUUGCCAAGAAUCUAAUGACCUUGGAAAUCGCAGUCGAUUAUGGGAUCCUAUUGAGAUCUAUGAUGUUUCGAAAAAUGACAAGGGGACUAAGGCAAUUAGAAGCAUAACAACACCUUUGUCAACAUUGAAGAAUCUGAAGUUACGUCCUGAUGCAUUUGUUAGGAUGAGCAAUCUACAAUUUUUGGAUUUUGGUAAUAAUUCUCCUUCUCUUCCACAAGGGCUUCAAUCUUUGCCAAAUGAGUUAAGAUAUCUUCAUUGGAUGCAUUACCCUUUGACAUGCUUGCCAGAGCAAUUUUCUGCUGAGAAGCUUGUUAUAUUAGACUUGUCAUGUAGCAGAGUGGAAAAAUUAUGGCAUGAAGUGAAAAAUCUGGUGAAUUUAAAGAAUGUUAAAUUCCGUUGGUGUGUAUUGCUGAAUGAGCUUCCAGACUUCUCAAAAUCCACAAAUCUCAAGGUACUGGAUGUUAGUUGUUCCAGUGGGUUGACUAGUGUGCAUCCAUCUAUUUUCUCUCUACACAAGCUUGAGAAAUUGGACCUUAGUGGAUGCAGUUCCCUCAUCAAAUUUUCAAGUGAUGAUGGUCAUUUAAGCUCCCUACUUUAUCUCAACCUCAGUGACUGUGAAGAACUAAGGGAAUUCUCAGUGACAGCCGAGAAUGUGGUUGAACUAGAUUUAACCGGCAUUCUCAUCAGUUCAUUGCCCUUGUCUUUUGGAAGUCUACGAAAGUUAGAAAUGCUACAUCUAAUACGUAGUGACAUUGAAAGCUUGCCAACAUGCAUCAAUAAUCUUACAAGACUGCGAUAUCUUGACUUGAGUUGUUGCAGCAAUCUCUGCAUUCUACCGAAGCUUCCCCCAUCCCUUGAAACUCUACAUGCUGAUGAGUGUGAAUCACUGGAGACUGUAUUGUUCCCUUCCACGGCAGUUGAACAAUUUGAGGAAAACAGGAAACGAGUUGAGUUUUGGAAUUGCUUAAAGUUGGAUGAAUUUUCUCUGAUGGCUAUUGAGUUAAAUGCGCAAAUCAAUGUAAUGAAAUUUGCAUACCAACAUUUAUCAGCACCAAUACUUGAUCAUGUGGAAAAUUACAAUGAUUACAAGGAUCUCCAUGAUUCUUAUCAAGCAGUGUACAUGUAUCCAGGAAGCAAUGUUCCAGAGUGGUUGGCAUAUAAGACUAGAAAGGAUUAUGUAAUUAUUGAUCUCUCUUCUGCUCCACCUGCUCAUUUGGGUUUCAUUUUCUGCUUCAUUCUGGACAAGGACACGGAGGAGUUUUUGGAUCCUGCAUUGCAAUUUAGCAUCUCUAUCAGUAAUGGUGAGAAUGAAUGUAAAAGGGACAGUGUUGAAAUACAAACUUCUGGGCCAUAUUCUAUGAUUUAUUCGGACCAUGUUUGUGUGUUGUAUGACAAACGAUGUUCUUGCUACCUGAACAACAGACUUAAAAGUCUGGCAAAGUUUAAAAUCAAAGUAUCAUGGCUUACAGAUGGUGAACGGUGGGAGGCGUUAAAAGGGUUUGGGGUCAGCCCAAUAAACACCUCAGUAUAUCACAAUUUUGUUCAACAAAUGGAACUGUGCGACCAAGGUUUUAGGCCGGUGUUGAAGCGAACUCCAAAGAAAAGGAAAAGGGUGAUCAGAGAACAUGAUAACCUCUAGCAGUUGAGGUUGUGUACUAAUGUGGAAAUGGAAUAUGGGCAGAAGGAGUACAGAGAGAGGAAGUAAAUUAAUUGGACAUGCCUGAAGAUACAAAGCCGAGCUUUUGCAAGUUCAAUUUUACAAAAUGCAUGUAUCAGGAAUCUUGUGUAUGUCUUUUUAUACUUUCCUUGCAAUAGCUGCACUAGUUCUCUGUCUUUUGAUUUCUAGCAUUUGUCAUUAUAUCAUUUUCCUAUCUAUGUAUAUUCUUGCUGAUAUAUUGAAACAUUCACAGAUCUGAUUUGGCAUGAUAGUCACUUUUUUUAUUUUAUUCUCUCUUGCUUCUCUGUUGCAGCUGGCAGAGGAUAGAAUAUAAUGGGUUGUAUAUAAUAGUUUUUGGAUAACAAAAGUAAAUUUCAUUUGUAAUGAUUGUGAUUGCAUUUUUAAUCUUAUCAUUUUCUUAUUUUCAAUGUUGGGAAGCAAAAGUGGACCAUCAUCCAUUAAAAAAAGUCACAUUUUCUUACUUUUGUGUUUGCUAAAAAGUCAUUUUCACGGUUAUAAGAAGACAUAAUAUGUAUAUUCUAGCACUAACAGUUAGAUCACUGCCCUUCCAGAAGAUCAAUAUGGACAACACUAGAUUUAAAAUAUGGCUGCACUAUUAUUGACAUUUAUAUUCUGUUACAAGUAGAGAAAAUGAUAUAAUGGGAGGAAUCAAUUUUAUUGGGUGGCCUGCAUACUGCUAGAUAAGGUUUUGUGUUUUUUUUUAUACUAGAAAUGUGAAUUUGUCAGAAGACAUACGCGUAAAUGUCUUUUAGUAUUUUCAUAUUGUUCAAGCAAGAAUCAAGAUUUUUUUACUCUGAAGUGGGACAUGUAUCAUCCUUUCCUAUUCAUUUCCUCAAGAAAAGAAAAGAAAAGAAUGAAGUGAAAAAAGAUAGUUGUUGAAGAGAAAAGUUUAAGUACAUGUAGAAGAAAUUUGAGGAAGCAUUUCAACUUCUAAAUCAAAAGGAGCUUAUGAGAGGACUCUAAACUUGGUAAGCUUUCAGGAUGUGUUGUAGAUUGGAAAUGACAUUUUGAGGAGAUAUGAGGAGAAUUUAAGUCUCAGAUAUUUUCUUUGAAGUCAAUGAGACUAAGGGUGGCAAUGUAUUUGAGGAACUGGGGCAAAAUAUUGAAAUGGUAUUUCGAUGAUCUCUAAAGAAAAAUCCGCAUUGAAGUAACCUAUUGAAAGGAUGUUUUCCUGUGGAGAUAAUUGAAGAUUCUAUAUUACCCAUGCUUUUCUAUGAAUACAUAGUAUAAUUGUU